CAUCCCAUUAUAACCAUAUAACCUCCCAAGAAAAUGGACAUAGCAGCUGCAGCCUCCAUGCUGUCAACCUCCACCUUUCAUCAUCAUCAUCCAUUGCUGCCCGGCCGCCGGCGGAGACCCUCAGCUGUUCUCGCUUCCUUAAGCGGAAGCGGCGGAGGCGGCCGAGCGGAGAACGAGGGCAGGGGAGCGGUGGACGAGAGCUUGGUGGUGCUAAGGAUGCGGAUCAAGGAGUUGAAGGCGGCGGAGAGGUGCGACCACCCGCCGUCCCAUUGGAUGGAAUGGGAGAAGCGCUACGCCGCACACAACGCCUACGGCUCCGACGUCUGCCACGCCGUGGGGAUGCUCCAGAACCGCCUGAUGGACUCCAGGCCCAGCCUGGCGCUGGGAGCGGCGGUGGUCGUGCUGCUGAGCUUGCUGUUCUCCGCCGGGGUUGUUUUGGUCUGCGGUGUCGAGAUUGUCAGGCGAAUCCUCGGUUGCGUCUCCUGGCUGUUCUUCCUCAAUUUAUAAUUAAACUAAUCAUUAAUUUCGUUUUCACAACAUUAGUAUUUGUACGCGCCAAGAUCGAGUAUAACUCACGCCGAGUCGCUGACGCGUACUCAAAUUUCCCAACCAUGAUUAAUAUAUAUAUUUCCUUCACCAAAAAUCUGAAAUCCCCAUCAAAAUGACAGGUUUGGGUAGUUAUAAUCACUGCUUUUACCAAAAUAUGUCAUGUGUUCAUACUACAAAAAAUGCCAUGUUCACGAUUUUGUCUUUGAGUGAAGCUUUUAGGUGAAGAUUCGUGAUGGUUUCUAGGUAAAAGUACUCAUUAAUCUUAGUUGUGAGAUUUUGAAAUUUAUGGUUAGGCUUUAAUUUAGAAUAUUUCCUUUGGUUUACGCCAUAAAUUAAGUCGGCGAUUUUCUCGUAUCAAUGACACAUCGUAGGCUUAGUUAUAACAAGAAAUACUAUAUGAUGUCUACAAAACACUAUAUAGCAAUGUCAAAAAACAACUUUUGACACGUCACCCCUUGCUGCAAUUAGCGCACAGUUCGGAGGGUCUGUAUUGUAAAUUCAGACUCCGUUAAUUUUUUUUUGUGUGAAAGUCUCUAUUUCUUCGUUGUUGAGUGUAUCCACUCUCCCACCGGAACAAUCGCCGACUCUCCUUCCGGGAAAGCUCCCGUCGUUAAAUCCCCCAAUCUACUACCAGAACCUAUCUCAAUUGCGGCUCUUCCCACCACAAUCUGAAAUCGAAAUCAUUUGCCUUAUUUUUUGUCUGUCUCAAUCUGAGCGAAUUCCCACCGGGCGACUCAUCGAAGUUCAUCUCAUCUCUAAUCUUCUGUUCAGCGAUACUCAAUCUGAAAUCCCCCAUCGUCGCCCUCUCUCUACGUCGGCGUUCGUCCCUGUGUAUGUUCGCAUAUGCUCUACGUUGGCAAGUCCUAGAAAACAAAUCCAUCUCGCACUUGAUGUCCCCGUCUGUGUCGCGGCUCAAUCUGUCUCUCUCGCCGUCUCACUCCUGCAAUCUCUCGCUCAAUCUCGCUGGCCGUCUUGCAUUGCUUGGAGUUCAAGUUUGAGGUUCGUAUCUCUUUGUAAAUUUCAUUUUAAAUUGCCAAAAGGUUGUUGGCUUAAGUGGUUAAUGUGUUUGAACUGCAAUUUGUGGUUUAUAUGCACCAUGGUUAGGUGUACUGUGAGAUCACAGGAACUCGAUUGGAUUUCCGAGUACUAUUCACCUAGGAUGAAGGCGACGAUGAAUUUUGAUGUUCUAUGAUAUGUAAUUUUUCGGAUUAAUGUUUGACUUUUGAAAGUUUUGAUCUUUUCUUUUUUCGGUUUAUCUUAUUCGUUUCCCAGUUAUGGAUAGGACACAAGCAUGUCAUUGGAUCCAUCAAUUAUAGGUGUUGCUCUGGCUAGAGGUAGAGUUGCUAUGAAGGGAAGACACAAAUCAUUUUGUUUACUUGGUCUCAUUAGUUAAAUUCCCUCAACUAAUAUUUUGUUUAUCUUAUACUCAAUAUGUUGCCUUUUUACUUGAAAGUGGCAGCUUCAAGCACGAUAUAAUUAUUUUCUUUCACUUCACUAUAGAACCUAUUUGAUUUCCUUUCAUCAAUAUAAACUACAAACUGUUUUGUUCUAUGUAGUAUGUAACAUGAGAGCUUACUUUCAUCUUCUGAAGCCGCCUUACACGCAUCCUCCCUUACAUUACUAAGAACAUGAUCUGCAUGUCUCUCUUGCUGCUCCAGUUCUUCAACACUUGACAAAGGACGAUUUGAGCUAGUUUUACUUUGGUGAAUUCCACUUUCUAGAAAUCUAUGGAAAUGAGUGCUUCCUCAUUCGAACAUGGUACAUACUUUUUCCCUUUCUUUCUUCGUCAACAUUAGCAUCAUCAUCUAUUCAGCUUCUUGAAAUCGGCAAUGUGCCCCUCACGUAUAAUUCCAUUCACUGCAAAUGUUGGUGCAGAUUCAUUAUGCAUUCUCAUCUUAAUUCAAGAAAGUAGUUGAUCCUUUCGACUUGCAUACUACUUAGAUUCCUUCUAAAGUGUAGUGGAAUCUUUACUCUAUGUAUUCUCAUUUGAUGCUUGAUUUGUAUGUCUAUUAUACAAAUCACUUAUGUCCAUUCUUGGUCCCUAUUACGGUAUAAUUAAUCACUUAAUGAUUUAAUUUUGGUGAGGAACUUGCAGAACCAGUGAUGGUUUUGCUUGCAAAGUUGGUGAAAUAUGUAAAGUUUCUUAGUAUUGAGUUCUAUAGGAUUGAUUAAAGCUUUGAAUGUUGUUGGUCCCAUUGAAAUCUUAGCAGACCAUACUUUCUUCUUCUUUCCUUAUCCACAUUUCAGAUUUGUUCAAGCAAUUUAUGGUAAAGUUAAAGUCAGUGAUUCUUUCUUCAUCUUUUGCUGAUGUGGUACUUAUGCGGUAAUGCCAACAAAAUAGUAGCUGAAAUAUGUGAAUUCAUAUGCUUAUUGGUGCGAUAUUAGCCUGCCAGUUUGAACUUAAAGUGAAAUUUAAGUUUGCCAAUUUAAGCAAUUUAAGGUUUCUCGAAUGUAGUUGCAACUAAUUUCAAUACUCGAAAGUUGGACAUUUGCAUUUGGUUUUGAUUGAUUCAGAGUUAGCUAUAGUGAGAAUCAAUUCAAAAAGAAUCUGCCUUGGUAGUUGCGCUCUAACUUUUAUUAGUUCUAUUGUUUUGAAUGUGUUAUUUACAGGGGUAAGAUAUUUGGGCUAUAAUCACUCUUUUUUGGUUUCCUAUCCAGCUUGAGAGAACAAGAAUUCUAUGAAAUCAGGUUAUUUCAAGAGUAAACAAAUUUGGUUGCUGCAAAUUUGGAGGAAACCUGCAAUACUAAUCCAAGUCUUGAAGAGAGUACAUUAAAGAGGAAGAAAUUGAUGGACUCUGACACUAAGAUAGUAGAGUAGUAUUGCUGGAACUAAGGUCCACUUUAUGAAAUGUAUUUUUAGUACUUCGCAAACGGUUGGAUUUUCAUAAAAUUUAGACUUACAUUGUAAAUAGUUUCAGCUUUCACGUUUUGGUUAUCCUUCUUCAUGGACAAUUGGAAUUACAGGUUGAAAUUAGUAUGAAUUUGUGUGUACAUAAUAAUAGCAGCUUAGUUGAGUGUGUGUAUAACAACAAUAACAACUUGGAUGUGCGAGUUUAUGCUAGCUGCAACUUGCAUUUUCGUGUUGAUUUUUGUAAAAACAGCGAAAAUUGUUAAGUAUAAGUUUAGGGAAGGUUUGAAAGUUGCGAUUGUUUUGGUGAGAUUGUUACUAUACAUGUAUUGUUUAUUAUGCAUCAUUUUUUAUUAUCAGAACCAACACAUGAAUUAUUUUUGUGAUGCGACAAACACUAUUACUCAAAAUGAGUGAUUGUUAUAUCUCAACUUUGGUUGAGUUGAGAUUGUUUUGUCUCAGCUUUUAUCUCAUGUGACAUACACAAUCUGACAAUCACAGAUAUAUACCAAACAUUGUAUUUUACAAUGCAUCAAAUUUGACAAUACAUUUAUGCAAUUGUU